AUGAAGGGUUCUACCAUCGCUACCUCCCUCGUCCUGGGAGCUUCGUCGGUCUUGGCGGCCCCCUCCCACAAUACCAUCAAGGCCCGUGAUGAUGUGACUCCCAUCACCACCAAGGGUAACGCCUUCUUCAAGGGCAACGACCGUUUCUACAUCCGUGGUGUCGACUACCAGCCCGGUGGUUCCGGUGACCUUGCCGACCCUAUCGCUGAUGCUGACGGCUGCAAGCGUGACAUCGAAAAGUUCAAGUCUCUUGGCCUGAACACCAUUCGGGUCUACUCGGUCGACAACUCCAAGGACCACGAUGAGUGUAUGAACGCGUUGGCGGAUGCGGGCAUCUACCUCGUCCUUGAUGUCAACACCCCCAAGUACUCGCUCAACCGCAAGGACCCCAAGCAGUCCUACAACGACGUCUACCUGCAGUACAUCUUCGCCACCGUCGAGAUGUUCGCUCAGUACAAGAACACCCUCGCUUUCUUCUCCGGUAACGAAGUCAUCAAUGACGGUCCUUCCUCCAAGGCCGCUCCCUACGUCAAGGCUGUCACUCGUGACAUUCGCCAGUACCUUCGUGAGCGUAACCUUCGUACCGUGCCCGUUGGUUACUCUGCCGCCGAUAUCGACACCAACCGCCUGCAGAUGGCCCAGUACAUGAACUGCGGUACCGAUGAUGAGCGUAGCGACUUCUUCGCUUUCAACGAUUACUCGUGGUGUGACCCCUCGUCGUUCACCACCUCUGGCUGGGACCAGAAGGUCAAGAUGUUCGACGGCUAUGGUCUCCCUCUCUUCCUUUCCGAAUACGGCUGCAACACAAACACUCGUAAGUUCGAGGAAGUCGAAGCUCUCUACUCCACCAAGAUGACCGGUGUCUACUCUGGUGGUCUCGUCUACGAAUACUCCCAGGAGCCCAGCAACUAUGGUCUGGUAAAGGUCGAUGGCGACAGCGUCAAUGAGCUCAAGGACUUUGAUGCUUUGAAGACCGCCUUUGAGAAGACCUCCAACCCCGAGGGUGACGGUGGCUUCAACAAGACUGGUGGUUCCAACGGUUGCCCCAAGCAGCAGAAGCCCGCCUGGGACGUCGACAACGAUGACCUUCCUGCCAUUCCCGAGCCCGCCAAGAAGUACUUCAAGGACGGUGCUGGCAAGGGUGACGGUUUCUCAGGCUCUGGCAGCCAGUCCAAGGGUACCUCCUCCACCGGCACUGCUGAGCCCGGCUCCGCCUCCGUCUCCGGCAGCGACUACAGCAGCAGCGGCAGCGGUGGUUCUUCUUCGUCCUCUCCCUCUGGCUCCGCGGGUGCUGCUGCCGGUCUUAAGGUUCCCAGCCUGACUAUGGCUCCUGUUGUUGUCGGUAUGGUGACCAUCAUGUCGACCCUGUUCGGUGCCAGCCUGAUCAUGGUCUAA